AUGGGUGCUCCGGAGUCGGACGAACAGACGAAACUCGCCGCCUUGUCUACUCGCCUCAAGGCCCUCCCGGAAAACCUCCGGAUGUACGCAACUCUGCUUGCUGAUGUCACCCACGUCGAGUUUCCGGAGCACGAUAUCCUUUCGGAUGACCCGCGGCUAUGGGUCAACCAUUACGGGAACGCAAGGAAGACGCUGAAAGAGAGGCCUAUCGAAGUGGUCAAGCAGGACGCAGAAGAAGGGGACUGGGACCAGAUGAUCGAGUUGGGAAUGCGGUACUACACGGGCUGUACGGUCGAUAAGGAUCCUCAACAAGCCCAGAAGAUCCUGAACCUCACAGAAACUAUGCUUGACGAAGAGCUGAAAACGCCCGGUGGCGACCAAGAUUUGGUAUGCGAACUGCUGCCCACCCUCUAUCGCAUCUACGGCCGCAUACAUUUCGACACUUAUCAAACCACGAACAAGUCUGAAGACCUCUUUGAAGCUGCUGAUAAAUGCUUGAAUGCGCUAUUCUUCACGCAUCCGACUCCUGCACCCAUUGACUUACGCGUGAUGAAGACGCUUGAGGAGACGCUAGGAUACGUCCAUGCUGGGCGCGCUGCCGGCGCAGAGACGGAACUCAAGGACCUGUGGGACGUCUGGGAAGACUACAAGACCUGUGGUCCCGGCGCUUUUCUGUGCGCGCGCUGUAAGACACCCGCGACACCCGAACGCAAGCUGAUGAAGUGCGCUGGUUGCCCACGGUGGAAGAAGCCGUCAUAUUGCUCGACAGAGUGUCAGAGAGCUGACUGGAAGGCUGUUCACAGGGACACGUGCGGGAAGACGGAUGAGGAGAACAUGUUCAAAUCCAACAUCGUCGACCGAUCCUUGUACUCGAUUUCAGAGUAG